GCUUAUUCGCUUGAUCCCUUAUCUCGAAUUUAAUCUCGAUAAUCGAUAACAAAGGAGAGAGCUGCUUCGGAUAGUACGUGGGACGAAAUGCGUUUACAGAAGGUUGUCAAGAUCGUUGGAGCAUGAAUAUGCAAACAUGGUGAGUUUUUGACUCGCCACCCAGCCUGCGGAGGAACCAUCUGCUUGUGUUUUUACGAGGGCGAUUCAGAGUCUCAUUCAUAUCGUCUUUACGCCACGGCGAGUAAACUGCGCGCUGUGUUACUCACGUCCUGUUAUAAAAUUCGUAACCUCUUGAUUUUACCAUUGAUAUACAUAUACGCAUGGAUAUUACGAGAGUGCGUCGGAGUAUAAACAAGAAAAUUUCCCGAGCUACGAAAAUCGUUUAUACGAAAUCUAUUUUGGCUCGUUGAGCGUCGGGGGGGAUCAACGAGGAAGAGAUCCGAAGAGAUCGAGUCUUUCGAGCGCGAUGUUCCAUCGAGCGAGGAGCCAAAGAUCGUAAAAUCAUUUUCAUUCGGGGAAGAUUCAAUACAAGAGUGUGAAAAAGAAGAGCGCGGAUCAAAAUGAAAGCGUCGCCUGAAGAAAAUUUAGUGGUGUUUACUCCGGUGGGGAGAACGAUAUUCCAAACGAUUAUUUGGCCGACGCUCGUCGUCGGUUUGAUCGGUAAUUUUGGGGUUGUUUUCCGGAUAGUUUUCAAUGACACGAGCAAAAAUACUGCCCUCAAACCGUUCUACCGAAGCGCUUUACUCUCGCUCGCUCUUGCCGACAUUCUUUUACUUCUCACUUCCGGCUCCAACGUCCUCGGCUUCGUCGCUCAAAGCACCGUUCUCUGGUCACUACCCAUUUGGACUUGCACGUUCAUCCCUUAUUUACAAACCGUCGGCGUACUCGUUGCUUCCCUCACACUCGCCGGCGUCGCCAUCGACAGAUACGCCGCCAUUAAAUCCAAAUUUCCGUUAACCAAGGGCCUUAAAUGGCGCUGGGCCAUUUCCUUCGUCCUCGGAUUAUGGAUCGUCUCCUUUGCUGCCGCUUAUCCUGUUAUCGGUACUUUCGCCAUCGAACGACUCGUCGUCAUCAACGGCUCGACUUUUUACACGGGCGCGCUUUGCAUCACGAAAAAUCGAUCCGAAGCCUCGGUCAUUUACACAGCCCUGUUCGUCGUCAUAUUCGUUCCUCUCGCCAUCGUUUUUUUACUCGUUCAUGUACUGCUCGCUCGAAACAUUUGGCAACGCGAUUCCCCUGGCGAUAACACCCAUCAACGAUCGACGAACGAUUCACAAUUGAGCAACGACAACUCCACUGUUUCGACGAGCUUGGGAAAAGCGAAGAACACAACGGCUAAAAAAAUCGGUGGAACUCCAUCCCACGUGGCGCGAAAGAGGCGAACAGUUCGCGUGAUACUCGUCCUCAUAUUUGUUUUCGUGCUUUGUCGUCUGCCUCAUUGGUCAUUCGUCCUGUUCAAACUGCACACGACAACGAGUGACAAUUACUUGUGGUACAUACAAAUGAUUUUCACGAUAAUGUCUCUCCUCAACGCCGCCAUUCAUCCGUUUCUCUACGCUUUUCUCAACGAGGCUCUCUCGUUGAUCGCCUGGCUCCGGAGACGAUUUACGGAAACUCGGUACUCUACGAACGCGAGCGCACACCCAAUUUCUAAGGAAGAAAUCGGAAGCGCGAUUAGAGCCAAAGUCGAACCACGAGGCCCGUAUUACAGCCCGUGAAUCGGGAG